AUGGGCAACGAGGCCAGCCUGGAGGAGGGAGGCGGAGAGGGGCCACCGCCGCCGCCGGGCGGCCCCGGGCCCGGCCCCGCGGGGAAGGCGCCUUCAGCACCAGGCAUCGGAGGACAGCUCCCCCCGGCCGGGGCGGCGCGGGCAGCGGCCGCCCAGCCAGCCCCCAGCCCCGGGCUCGGCCCGGCCAGCCCUGCCCGGCCCACCGCCCCGGACACCGCCAGCUUAUCAAGAAGACUGGAUCCAAAAGAUCAACUGGUGGGACAGAGAUCGCCUUCCCCAACUCUUAAACAGGCUGCUUAUAGCAACGAAAGUGCAAGAGAGUUGAGGACUCAUGGACAGGCCAGCCAACAGGCAGAUGGACCCAGAAGGACGCUCCAGGUGGAGAGCAGGAUGCAGAGAUCAGGACGGUCUCCCUCUGUGUCACCGGACCGAGGCAGCACCCCUACGUCGCCUUAUUCUGUCCCCCAGAUUGCACCCCUCCCGAGCAGCACCCUCUGUCCUAUAUGCAAGACAACCGAUCUCACUUCUUCUCCCAACCAGCCAAACUUCAACACCUGUACUCAGUGUCACAACAAAGUCUGCAAUCAGUGUGGAUUCAACCCCAACCCCCAUCUCACAGAGGUGAAGGAAUGGUUAUGCUUGAAUUGCCAGAUGCAGAGAGCUUUGGGAAUGGACAUGACUACAGCACCCCGCUCCAAAAGCCAACAGCAGUUGUACUCCCCUGUUCUUUCUCCAUCCCACUCCCCAGCCAAACAAACCCAACCUCAGCCCCAGGUGAAGAUUGAACCCGAGAAAGCGGCAGAAACUAUGCAGCCAGAUGUUCGGCAGGGGAUCGGGGUACUCCCGCCUGAGGCGCCCAAGCCCCAUGCAGCUUCAGUGCAGAGAGAAUCCCAUAGCCAAGGCCCACCCAAACCUGCUGCAUCUCAGGAAGCCAUGAGGUCUUCCCCUCAGCAUCUACAAGCAAAGCCUUCCUCUGACGAGCAGAGAAAAACUGUAGGAGAUUCUCCGGCAAGAAGUUCGGCGCCACCACUUAGUGGUGGAGUACAGGAGCCACCCCAAGAGGGACUCACUGGGAAACUCUUUGGGUUUGGGGCAUCUCUUCUGACCCAGGCCAGCACGUUGAUGUCGGUCCAGCCAGAAGCCACCCCCCAAAGCCAGCAGUCCCCUGGCAAAGUGCCUCCAAAAAUUGUCUUCAGUGAUGCCAGCAAAGAAGUUGGCCCCAAGGUAUCUGGAGCUGGAGCAGGAGUUGGACCUAGAGCUGGGCCUGGAGCUGGACUGAGAGCUGGGCCUGGACCUGGACCUGGACCGAGAGCUGGGCCUGGACCUGGACCUGCACCUGGUCCGAGAGCUGGGCCCAGGCCCGGACCUGGACCUGGACCGAAAGCUGGGCCUGGACCUGGAGCUGGACCUGGAACUGGACCGAGAGCUGGGCCUGGACCUGGACCUGGAACUGGACCGAGGGCUGGGCCUGGACCUGGAACUGGACCCAGGGCUGGGCCUGGAGCUGGACCAAAAGCCGCACCUGGAGCUGGGCCAGGAGUUGGACAGAGGGCAGGGCCUGGAGCAGGGGGUCAGGGGAGAGCUGGAGGAGCACCAGCUCCAAAACAAGGAAAAACAGAUCUUCAAGCAAUCACCAAGCCAGUCACCAAGCCAAAGGAAGCACCACAAGAGAGGGUCACCUGCCCACUGUGUAAAGCAGAGCUCAACGUGGGCUCCAAGGAACCUUCCAACUACAACAACUGCACCACCUGUAAACAACAGGUCUGCAAUAUGUGUGGGUUCAACCCAACUCCUCACCUGGUGGAGAAAAAUGAGUGGCUGUGCUUGAACUGCCAAACCAAGAGGUUGCUAGAAGGAAGCCUGGGAGACCCCGCUCCCAUGCCACUGCCUACCCCAAAGCAUCAGCCAACAGGGUCUCCACGACACCAAGCAGGGUUGGCCAGUCAGCAACCGAGAGGGCCACCUGUCCCGGGUCAGCAAGCGGGACCUCCGCCAGACAGUCAGAUCUCCCAGACCAAACAACUCAGGGCUUCAGAACAAAGCAAGUUUCAAGCAACCCCCCAGGAGAAAAAAACCACCGCUCCAGCUGAAGAAAAACAAGUGCCGAAGCCACCUGCAGAGUCUCCAAAGCUUUCUGAUCUUCCAAAGGCAAAGAGUCUGGCAAGUAAACCCGAAACAGCCAUCAAAGAAAGCAAGACAGUCACAGAGGUUCAAAAAGUGAGAGACCAGGAGGACACAACCAAGCCUUAUCCCCAUGACCUGUCCCGGAGCCCACAAAGCCUGAGCGACACUGGCUAUUCGUCAGAUGGGAUAUCCAGCUCCCAGAGCGAGAUCACCGGCCUCGUGCAACAGGAGGAGGAACAACUGAAUGGGGCCGGGGUGGUGAAGCAGAGCCCUCCAAGUCCUUCGGAACUCACCAAACUGGAAAGCAGCAUGCGUCCGCUCCUGGAACCAAAGGGAGCUCCUCCGGCCCCGGGAGAGCGGGGGAAAACGGUCCAGGAGCUACGAGAAGAACAGAGGAAGAGGCAGAGACCCCGAUCCCUCUCCAUAACCCCUGAGGCCUUCGAUUCUGACGAAGAAUUGGAAGACAUCGUGGAAGAGGAUGAAGACUCUGCCGAGUGGGAGAACCAGAGAGACCCAAGAGACACUGCUGAGUCGUCAGAUGACUUUGGCAGCCAAUUGCGUCAUGAUUACGUGGAAGAUAGCAGUGAGGGAGGGCUUUCCCCACUCCCAACCAGACAACCAGCCAAAGAACCCGCAGUGGUCACAGAUGAGGAAUUUAUGAGGAGGCAGCUUAUGGAAAUGAGUGCCGAAGAGGAUAAUCUCGAGGAUGAUGAAGAUGCGAAGUAUGAUCGGGCAAAAUACAGUGCGGUGAAAAGCAGCCCCAAGCCAGAUGCAGAGAAAGGCAAAGAGCCCAGUGUCCCAAAGAGGAGAUUGCCUCACAAUGCCACCACUGGUUAUGAAGAAGAGAGGAAGGACAUGGCAGCUGUUGAGCCCGACGAUGUGACGGCCUCUCAGGGCGGGCUGCGCCGCUUCAAGACCAUUGAGUUGAAUAGCACCGAUGGUUACAACCGAGAGAUGGAGAUGAGCCAGGAGACCGACAUCAGCUUGGACAGAGAACCAGAACUGGAGAUGGAGAGCUUGACGGGCUCCCCCGAAGAUAGGUCAAGAGGAGAAUAUUCAUCCACCUUGCCAGCCACCACGCCCAGCUACACAUCAGGGACCUCCCCGACAUCCAUUUCCUCUCUAGAAGAUGACAGCGAUAGUAGCCCUAGUCGCAGGCAGAGGCUGGAGGAGGUUAAACAACAGAGGAAAGCCCGGCAUCGCUCCCACGGGCCUUUGCUCCCGACUAUAGAAGACUCCUCAGAAGAGGAAGAGCUCCGGGAGGAAGAGGAGCUUCUUCGGGAACAGGAAAAGAUGCGGGAGGUGGAGCAACAGCGCAUCCGCAGCACUGCCCGGAAAACCAAACGGGACAAGGAAGAGCUGAGGGCCCAGAGAAGGAGGGAGCGAUCCAAAACUCCGCCGAGCAACCUCUCCCCCAUCGAGGACGCAUCUCCGACAGAGGAGCUCCGGCAGGCCGCCGAGAUGGAAGAGUUGCAUCGGUCCUCCUGCUCGGAGUAUUCCCCCUCUAUCGAUUCGGAAGCCGAAGGAUUCGACGUGAUCGCCUCCAAGCUGUACAAGUCUGGGAGCGAAUAUAACCUGCCCACUUUUAUGUCUCUCUACUCCCCGACGGAAAAGACGUCCAGUAGCUCGAGUUACCCCUCCAGCAAGCCUCUGAAAAGCGCUGAAGAAGCCUACGAGGAGAUGAUGAGGAAGGCUGAAAUGAUGCAGAAACAGCAAGGCCAACAGUUGCAACAGAACGUGGCCUACAGCAGCAGCUACCAGCAGGCGGGUUAUCGAAGCUCCAAUCUGGGUCCAAGUAGUUUUGAAUACCAGUACAUAGAUGAGUAUGAGUACGAAAGUGGCCCGAUGGGGUCAUCUCAGCCUAGAUUUCAGAACGAAUUAGCUAAGCCGGGAGCCGUGUACGAGGAAAUCCUUCAGACCUCGCAGAGUAUUUCCCGAAUGCAUCAGACUUCAUCACGCGAUCUGGCUUUCCAAGAGGAAAAGAAGAAGAAAGGGAGAGAAGAGACCUAUCAGGAGAAACAGUUUCUGAAUGCAGAGAGCGCUUACGCUGAGCUGAUGAAGCAGAACGGUGGCCCACUCACUCCCGGCACCAGCCCCACCCAGCUGGCGGCUCCUGUGUCCUUCUCGUCUUCGGACGGCGGGGGAGGCCGAGUCAUUCCCGACGUCCGAGUCACCCAGCAUUUUGCAAAAGACGUUCAAGAGCAGCUCAAGCUUCACGGCUCCCCCGAUUCCCCGGUCUCUGUUUCCAAGGGGGUGACCUCCCCUUACACGUACAGCCAGGGGCCCGGCACGGUCACCACCCUGGCUGCCAGCCCGGCAAGCAUCCCACGGAUUUACAGCUCCCCACCUUCACUGAGCGACACAGACGGGUCAGCUCUGACCUCUGCCGGCAGAACGUUGGGCCAGGCUCAGAUCCCCACAGGUUAUGGCUCCCAAACCGAAGAGCCACCCAAACCCAAGAGCGCUGCCGACACUGGGGGGACGUCAGCAAGAGAGAAGCUUCAGGGCCUGAGUGACGCCAAGUCCGGCGUUCCUAUGUCCUCCAAAGGCUACUCGUACUUCAAAAGCUCAAGCCCUCCUCUUUCCCCUACUUCUCCAACCGAAAGUCCCCCUCAUGCUGUGAGGAUCGGUCCGGGGGCGGGCCUCAAGUCCACUGCCGAAUUCUCCACUCAAACUCAAAGCACGAUGCUUUCCGUAGAUGCCCCCGGUAGCCCAGGUAGCUCAACAACAUCUUCUAUGGUAGCUCAGGGGACCCAGACCCCUCAUCGCUCCAGUUCUCCUCGACUUACGAGGCAGCAGUCCUCUCAAGAGUCUCCCUUUAUGGUCAUCACAUUAGCGUCGGAUGCGGCUAGCCAAACCAAGAUGGUGAACGCGAGUUCUUCCACCUCCCCGGCCACAUCUCCGACCGGACUCCCACCGACGAUCCACGGCUUCAGUCAGACGGUGCUGAAUGCAGCGCAGAUGCAGCAGGAGCCGCUGCAGCCCAGCUUCCCCAGGGCCCAAGGCAUGUUAGAGAGGACCCCCAUUUCCAGUAGCGUGGUUCAUAUGAAUGUGGCGAAAAUCCACGCGGCUCCUGCUGUUGACGGUGCUGUUGGGAUGUACGGUUGGGCUUCGCUGCCCCCCGAGAACAUCUCCCUGUGCAGGAUAUCGUCCGUUCCUGGGACAUCCCGGGUGGAACCGGGACCCAAACUGCCAAGUAGCACUGCCGUAGACCUCCGGACUGCUAUCAAGUCGGCCCCGAUCAUUAUAACGGACCAAGGCAUGGACCUGACCUCCCUCGCCACCGAGGCCAGGAAGUACUGCCUCACCCUGGAUCAGGCCUCUAGUCGGCAGUCAACCACCAUCCAACCUUUAAUCAUCAACCUCAACGCCCAAGAACACCCCCAUGCCUUCCUCGGCUCAUCCACCACCGUCAGCAUCACUGUCGCCUCAUCCAUGCUCGUGUCGCAGCCCAAGCUACCUGUGGUCUAUGGGGAUCCUUUCCAGAACAGGAUCGACUUUGGGCAAGGGACGGGCAGCCCGGUAUGCUUGACACAGAUCAAGCAGGUGGAACAGGCGGUUCAGACUGGCCCCUACAGGGGAAGCGCGCCCGGCAUCUCUCCUCCCCGCGGAAAGCCCGAAGAUGCUGGCGGCCCCCAGCCAACCAAAUUUGCGCGCUACAACUUGCCCAAUCAGAUGGCACCUGGGAUCAAAAAAGAGGUGCUGCUCACUCAGCCAGGCACCGCCCAGAAUGUUGGCCUCAAGCAAUUUCCCCAGGAUCCGGGCCCGGAUGUGUUCAGGGCCACUCCGGUGGAGCCCAAGGUGCCUAGUCUGCCCGUAAACCUUGGGGGGAAGAAACCCCAUGUCAUGAUGGUGCAGGUGGAUGACCUGGCGGCAAAUCCAGUCACCAAGCUGGUCAAAGAAGAGCCAUCCCCCAGUGCCCUGGAUCUCACUGGGAUCAAGUCCGAAAGCCAGGUGGCCUGCUGUGAUGUGGUCUACAAAUUCCCCUUUGGCAGUAGCUGCACCGGGACUUUCAACCCUCCCCCGAAGAUUCCUGCCAAAGGCGCCGUGGAUCCCGCCCAGCCAAGCAAAGCUAGCGUCCCGUACUAUGGGACCCGAGACCAGGAGCUCCCGGAGCCCUAUCCCUACAGAGAGCAAGCUUUCGGGAGCCAGGGUCUGUACGAGGAGCCGAAAUAUUACCCCCCGAACCUUAUGGGUAGACUCUACUCGUCCAUGUCUGACACCAACCUAGCAGAAGCUGGCUUGAAUUAUUACCCCAGUAAAAGUGAGCCCCUCUUCCAGUCCCCCGGAGGAGACGCCGCCAUGGAUCUGACAACCAUGAAGCAUUCAUACAGCAUCAGCUUCACCGAGGGGGGCUACCUUGGGCACGGCAUGCAGUACGGUUCCUUCACGGACCUCAGACAGCCCUCAGACCUGUUAAGUCACCCCUUGCCCAUGAGGAGGUACAGCUCCACGUCCAACAUCUACUCAGAUUACCGGUACUCCCCCCGAGGAGAGCUGUCAGGGUUCCAGGAAUCCAGCCUGGCUCAGUACAGUGCUACGACCGCCCGGGAAAUCAGCCGGAUGUGCGCGGCCCUCAACUCUAUGGAUCAGUACGGAGGCAGGCACACCAACAGCCCUGACCUCCUGCAGUACGGUCCCAGCGCUGGACCGGGGGGCCUCCCCGCUCAGCAAGGCCUCGCCGCUGGCAAACCCAACAUGAUGUAUAAUCCCAACUUCCCCGAGGGCCGCCAGAGCUAUGGAAACCUGGCUCAGUACAGUCUCCCCGGGGGACGGAUGGGGACCGUCAGGCAGAUGUUCCCUUCAACCGCCACGGUCCGAGCUGCGGAUGGGAUGAUUUACUCAACCAUCAAUACCCCCAUUGCUUCCACUCUUCCCAUCACCACCCAGCCGGCGUCGGUGAUGCGGCCCAUGCUCCGAGGCCUGUACAGGCCCUAUGCCCCAGGCAGCAUUGCAGCGGUGCCUCUGGCGAGCCUGACCAGAGUACCUCUGGUGGCUCCCAGGGUUCCGCUUGCCCCUCAAGGGGUGUACCGCUAUUCUCCACCUAGCAGGUUCACAGCUGUCACGACGACCCAGGUGAUGGAAACGCCAAUGUACCUGGGGAAACCUGUGGGCACCACGGCGGCCAGCACGGGCGGAACAGGCGGGAGCCCCAGCCCAGCCAGCAAGCCUCCGUCCCUGCCCGCGGGGAGCUUGCAGAGGCCGGAGCAGGCCGGUGGAGGCUCUCGGGAGGAGACCUUGAUGGCUUCUGGGGUUCAGAGCGUCCCCAAAGAGGCCGGGCCACCUCAGCUGCUUCCGCCCGGCCAGAAACAGCCAGGCGAGGGCCCUCCGGGCAAAGGGAGUGCCGAGAAGGAGGAGAAGGACAAGGAAGAGGAACGCCAGAGAAAGCAGCAGGAGCACAUCCUGCAGAUUGAGAGAGAGAGGGUGGAGCUAGAGAAGCUGAGGCAACUAAGGCUCCACGAAGAGCUGGAGAGGGAGCGGGUGGAGCUGCAGCGCCACCGGGAGAAGGAGCAGAUGUUGGUCCAGAGGGAGAUUCAGGAGCUGCAGUCUAUCAAGCACCAGGUCCUGCAGCAGCAGCAGGAGGAGCGCCAGGCCCAGUUUGCCUUACAAAGGGAACAGCUGGCCCAGCAGCGCCUGCAGCUGGAGCAGAUUCAGCAGCUCCAGCAGCAGCUGCAGCAGCAGCUGGAAGAGCAGAAGAGGCAGAAGACUGCCUUCCCCCCCGGGUGCGAUCCCUCGGGGAGGAUCCCUCCCCAGGCGGUGACGGAGAUCGCCAUGGAAAUGCAGAGGACCCUGGCCCAAAACGGCCAGUACUGGCCCCCCGGAAACCAAGCGUUCAUGGCAGCAGCAGCCGUGGGCCAGGAAGCGGCAGCCCCGGCUCGAUACCCUGGCGCCCAGAGGCCGCUCACCAACUCAGCCUCGGAAAUGUCCCUGCAAACCGAAGAACACUGGGAAGCCAACAGGGGGAUAAAGAAGAGACACUCGAUGCCUCGCCUCAGGGAUGCUUAUGAGGCGGAGGAAGGGCACGAGCCCUACGUCGUCAAGAAGAUCGCCGACAGCAGCGUGCAGACCGACGAGGAGGAUGGGGAAGAGCGCUACUUCAUGUCGCGGAGGCGCCGGGCCAGGCGGAGCACCGACUGCAGCGUCCAAACGGAUGACGAGGACAACGCCGAGUGGGAGCAACCUGUGCGUCGACGUCGCUCGCGGUUCUCCCGCCACUCGGACUCGGGUUCCGACAGCAAGCACGACCCCUCGAAAGGCACGUCCAGCGUCGGCAUCCAGACCAUCAGCGACUGCUCUGUGCAGACCGAGCCCGACCAGCUGCUCCGGGUCUCCCCCUCCAUUCACAUCACCACUCCGGACCCGCGGGUGGAGAUCGUCAAGUACAUAUCAGCUCCAGAAAAGACCCAGCGAGGAGAGAGCCUCGCCUGCCAGACCGAGCCCGAAGCCCAGGCCCAGGGAAUCGUGGUACCUCAGCUCACUGUGCCUACAACAAUCACCCCUUAUACGUCGAACAUCCAGAUUGUAACCACGGGGCCCUUAGACCCCAACGACAUGAGGCAGCAAGGCUUAGGGAAAAAGAAACCGGAUCCUCUGGAAAUUGGUUACCAGUCCCACUUGCCGACUGAUUCUCUUUCCCAGCUGGUGACCCGGCAGCCACCGAAAUCCCCCCAAGUCCUCUACUCGCCCGUCUCUCCCCUUUCCCCACACAGGCUCCUGGAAUCUUCCUUCACUUCCAGUGAGAGGCUGAACAAGGCCCACGUGACUCCGCAGAAGCAUUUCACCACGGACGCUGCUCAGCGCCAGCAGACCCUACCUCGUCCGAUGAAAACCAUGCAAAGGUCACUGUCUGACCCCAAGCCCAUCAGCCCGACCGCAGAGGAUUCAGCUAAAGAGAGAUUCUCCCUCUACCAGCACCAGUUGCUCCAAGGCAGCCAGAUUUCUACUUUGCAGUCCAACACCCUCGUCCGGAAGGUAAAGCGAACCCUGCCCAGCCCCCCUCCAGAAGAACCUCACCUUCCUCUUCCCAGCCAAGCCCAUUCCCAGAUGUACUUGCCAAGCCUCAUCCAGAAGGGAAUAGGAGUGCCGACUAUUCAGGUGACCAAAGCCAGUCUUCUCAAGGAGCUGGAUCGGGACCUGAAGCUAGUGGAGCACGAGUCCACCAAGCUCCGCAAGAAGCAGGCCGAGCUGGAUGAAGAAGAGAAAGAAAUUGAUGCCAAGCUGAAGUAUCUGGAAUUGGGGAUCACACAAAGGAAAGAAUCUCUGCUCAAAGACAGAGGCACCCGCGAUUAUCCCUAUUUGAGAUGCCUUGGAGAAAAUCGGGAUUACAUGUCUGAUAGCGAACUCAACAAUUUGCGCCUUUCCAACUAUGAGAGCAGCAGCCUCCUCACAAGACCUAGUACUGCCCCAGCAAACCAAUAUUCUGACUUUUCAGCCACUCAGUAUACGUCAGCCUCUUCCUAUACGCCAUACCAGUACCCUCCUGGGCAGGCGGCUCCCCCGGGCACUGCCCCUUUCCAAGCCAACCGUUUUCAGGCUCCCCAGUACCCCGUUGCCAGCAACGGACCAGCUCAGAAUGGCUUCCAGGCCAACCAUGGGCCUACCUAUCCCGCCCAAGGUACAUAUCAAGCUCACGGCUUCCCUCAGAGCGCAGGAUUCCAGUCAGAACUGGGCAUGCAGAGCCAUCAGGGAUUUCGGCCUUCCAAUCACUAUCAGCCCCAGACGACAUAUCCAAACCAAAUUCCUGGCCCACCAGCUCAGAACGCUCUCUUCCCAGGCCAGGAUGACAGUCAUACUUCCCAUCAGAAACCAAGGCAGACAUCCUUAGCAGAUUUAGAGCAAAAGGUCCCUACCAAUUAUGAAGUGAUUGCCAAUCCCACCGUGGUGAUUUCCUCAGCGACUUCAGAGCCUGCAUACAGUACGCCUCCUGCAGUGACCAGCAGCUAUGACCAGUAUAAGGCAUCAGACUCGAGGUCAGGUGAUAGGAGCAGCGUGACCCAGAGUCCCUCAGCCGGAUAUUCUUCGGAAUCGCUCUAUACCAAUCUGGAGCAGAAUAUUCCUCGCAACUACGUGAUGAUCGAGGACAUCAGCGAGCUGACAAAGGAGAGCUCUGGAACAGAGAGCCAGAAGCCAGAGCCACAGUCGCAAAGCGGCAAUGGCCGUCACAAGGAGAAGGCUGACCUGAUGGACCCAGAGGGGUUGAGCAUGCCUUGCUGCUACUCCAAAGGAGAAGAAGAAUCUGAAGAAGACCUGUAUGACCACCACAGCUCCGACCAUCGAGGGAAAGGCAGCUACCAUCGGGGCUCAGAAAGCAAUGGAAGGAUAUCCGGGAGUGGUGGAGGAAGCUCUUAUUACUACGGGGAGAAUGAGUACAGGCACUCCUCUAGGGCUGAGAAACAUGGGUCAGUCGCGGGAGUGCAGAAACAUCCAUCUAAAAACCUGGCCCCGGCUGUGGUAUCGUCAAAACGCAGCAAACACAGGAAACAGGGCAUGGAGCAGAAAAUCUCCAAGUUCUCUCCCAUAGAAGAAGCUAAAGAUGUCGAGUCCGACCUGGCUUCUUAUCCCACCACAACCUCGGUCAGCAGCAGCGUUUCCUCCAGGGGAAAGAAGUUUCAAGAUGAGAUCACCUAUGGCCUCAAGAAAAAUGUGUAUGAGCAGCAGAAGUACUACGGGGCUGGGUCCAGCAGGGAUAUGGAGGAAGAUGACAGAGUGUACAGCAGUAGCAGCAGAUCCAGGUUGUCCUCCAGUUAUGGCGGAGACAAGUCGUCGAGCCACGACGUGAGCAGUAGAAGCAAGUCCUAUGAAAGGGAGAGAGAGAGAGAGAGGGACAGAGAGAGAGAGAGGGACAGAGAGAGCAUGGAGAGAUCUCAAAAAGUGAGCUCAAAGCCCUCUUCCCUGAGCAUGUCUCAAAGUCGGGGCCGCCCCCCUAUUCGCACACAGGCCUCUGAAGAGGAAAGCCCCAUCAGUCCUUUAGGAAGGUCAGUGGGUGUUUCCCGUUCUUCAGGGGGACCCCUCCCUCAGAGUACUGGGGAGAGCUGUUCGCAGUUCUGCUCCAGCCACUCGCUGCCUGAUGUUCAAGAACACAUAAAAGAUGUGCCAAGGAACCAUUCUUAUAAACACGAAGAGGGUUACGUCAUGGAUGAUUCACACUGUGUGGUUUCGGACAGCGAAGCUUAUCAUUUGGGUCAGGAGGAGACAGAUUGGUUUGAUAAACCGAGGGAAGCUCGUUCAGAGAGGUUGAGGCACCACGGUGGCCACUCCUCUUCGGCCCAGAAAAGGCCCCCGGUCAAACACACCUACCACGAUUAUGACGAGCCUCCAGAAGAGGAUAUGUGGCAGCAUGACGAUGGCUCUCAGGCGCGUCAUCCUUCUUCCAAAGAACACAGGCACCACGGGGACUAUGGCAGACACUCCUCGGCGCCCCCCUCUUCCCGCCACCCGAGUGAAGAGCCGCCCCGGAGGUCAUCAAAGCAAUAUCCCCGAGAUCAGGGGCGCCACGAGCCCCGCCCACACUCGCAACCAACUUCUCAGAAGAAGGCCCAACCGGGGGACAUGAGGGCACAGCCCGGCUAUCCCUCCGGCUCCUCUGAGUAUGCUCCACAAUCCCGCCAUCCAUCCGCUUACCACCAUUCCUCAGAGUCCAAGAAACCACUGAGACAAGUGCAGCAAGGGGCCCCGGCUCAACAACAAAAGCAAGAGCCCCCACCCCAUCACCCACAACAGCAGCAAGCAAGGCAGCAGCAACCCGGGUCGCAGCAACAGCCACAACCGCAGCAGCAAUUAGCCAGACAGCAACAGCAGACAGCAAGGCAACAACAGCAGCCACAGCAGCAGCAGCAGCAGCAGCAGCAGACAGGCCAUGGCCAGCAACCACUUCAGCAACAGCAGCAGCCACAGCAGCCACAGCAGCAACCAUCCCAAGCUAGGACCCAGCAGCAGGUGCUGCAAGGGCAACCAUCGUCACGGACGCAGCAGCCACAGGCUGCCCAAACCCAACAGACGGGGAAACCACAACCAAGCCACCAUCCGCAAGCGGGGGCUCUACAAACAGGACCACCCAAAGCUGAGCAAACGGAGAGCUCCAAACCAACAGCAAAAGUGCCACAGCCGGGGAGACCACCCCAAACACAACCCCAGGGAACUGCAGGAGCAGGCAUAAAAGUGGGUCAGAAGCUUGGAGGCGUUCCACCAGCUUCUGGAGCCCCCACCGGCCAGCCCGGAGUUGAUGGAGAGAGUGUGUUCUCCAAGAUCCUUCCUGGAGGAGCAGCAGAGCAAGCAGGCAAACUGACCGAAGCUGUGUCUGCUUUUGGCAAGAAAUUUUCCUCGUUCUGGUGAACCAGCUCCACAGAGAGUUUGGGAAGUGAACGGAAAUAGAGUCAUUGACGUGGAAAAACCUAUGAAGAAAUUAAUAGAUUCAACCCGCAGCUUAAGACUCUGGGUAUAACACAUUUGAAAUCACGGAAAAUCCUAGGCUGUUCCUAUGAUUAAAGACCCAAAUCCAGGACCUAGUGUGACAGUGACAGUGUGCUUUGUCAGCUGGACUCACCAGAGUGAGGUAUCUGUCUGGACAAUCCAAACCCAAAUCUCCCUCCGAAGCUUUGAAUUGAUCCCCAAAGACAGCUUCAGAAAUGACCCUUUCUCCUCUGGGAUGUGCCGUGGCUGGAGUGAGCUGUCCUCCAAGGCAGUCACACUGUGAGACUUGGCUUUAGGAAAAUUUGCAGAGCGGGGUCCUGUUUGAGACUGUAAAACAGCUUGGGUUUUUCCUCUGCCAUUGGAGAAGACUCCUUGAACCUCCAAAGACAGCUUCCCCGCCGAGGGCUCCUUCGUGCUGAGGAGAGCCUGAAGCCUAGGGGUUAUACACAGAGUUACAGUGCAAACUGACUGAAUCUUCACUCAUCAAUCUUCAUAGGUUUUUUCCACACUCUUGGAGAUGGGUUUGAAGUUGAGGGCUGGGAGCUGAGUGCUCCGUUUUCCUUCACAUUCCAGUCUGCCCCAUCGAUCCCUCCACAUGCACGGUGUUCUUCUACUCUUACCGUCUCAGCGAUGGACACGUGGUCCAAAGAGCGAUCUGUGGGAUUAAGAGAACUUAAAAAAACUAGGACCUAACACUGUUUCAUUACUGAAAUAAGAGGCCAUAGGACUCUGAAAGGCAGCACCUAAACUGGCUGACUUUUUCUGAAACAAAAUGCUGGCCAGGAGUGUCUGUCAGCCAUCCCAAGGCCAUCACUAAGCCAUUGUAAAGCAUUUGAGUGGCAGCGCUCGCCACAGUUACCUUCUUAUGUUCCGUAUGCCUGGGGGUUUAUUUUGGUUUCAAGACUAGCCUUAACCAUUCCAGUUUUAUUUACGUGUAUACCUCAUAAACAUUUUUCUUUUAUUCUUUUUAGUUGAUGUUGAACUCUUUCCUCUUUGCUUUGUAACUGGUUAUCACAGGAUGUUGUCUGUCAAAGCAAUAGAGUGCAGUAGGCUUUAAAGAGCACAAUUCAGUGUGACAAGAUCAGGAGAGUUCGCCUCUGCCAUUCUCCUUCCUUUUACUGUGCAAUUCAAGUCCUUCCUAAGCCAUUUCCAGUGGGCAUGCUCAGACCAAAAAAAAUAAUAAAAAAUGAAAUAAAUGUUGUUUAACCUGCCAGUGUGGGGUUCCUAAAACCAUAAUGCAGUAGAGCAAAAGGAAACCCAAGGCAGCAGCUUGUUAUCCUGAAGAAACUGAGCAAGGUUAACGUACAACUUUCACAUGGGUGAUUACGUCUCCUGCCAGCCUCUUUCAUGCUGAGCAUGCUCAAAACAACAGUUCAGUGGUCUAAUCCAUUGGCGCUUCCUUUCAUCCUGGGUAACAGCAAACAAGUCUCAUUUCUAAUGUUCUAUGCAAUGGAAUACAAAAAUUAAAAAAAAACUGUUAUUUAAUAAAUUCAAUGUUAUGUAUAAGGAUUUAAUUGCAAAUGUGCUAUUGAGAAACUGGAUAGAUAUAUUUAUAUCUAACAACUGUGUGUAUGAAGUUUCAAUUAGUGGCAUGUUCGAUCCAUUUUGAGGGACACUUUGCCAAAGGGUAGCCAUGUAGCCUGUAACUGUCUCCUGUCCUGUAGUAGAGCAUGGCUUGCUACCUCUUUGCACGGUUUCAUCUACUUUAAAUGCUUGCGGUUCUUUGCUCGGAGUUCUUUUCUCAUCAGUUCCUCAUCUUUACUGAAUGCUUUUAGCAGAUUUAUGCACUUGUUAUUGAAGAACUGUCAGCAACAACCAAUAUUAGAGGCAUUAUCCUAGAGAAAGACCCCCAAAUGGUCCCAGUGGAUGGUGACUCUCUGGCAGAAAGCUUUCUUCUUUCAGGCAAUCACUAGUUCCUUCAUGGAGUGUGCAGUGCAGAAUUCCCCCAGCCAUUUCAGAAUGUUGCCCUCCAAUUGUGCUUGACGUCCCCACUCUCCCAUACAAGAGCAAAAACUACAUGCCAAAUCUCUCCCCCCUGACCCCCCAACCCUCCAGCCCCCAAACCAACCAAACAAACAAACCCAUCCCUGCCGAGAAGCUGGAGCGAGUCUGGCAAUGGAGGUGACCCGAUUCAGAAAAUGGUUUGAGCAUUUCUGGAAACCUAUUGUAGAAUUGCUAUUAGCAAAACCAAGUUCAUCCUUCCUCUCUCGGCCCUAAACCCAAGACUCCACUGCUAACUCAAGAACCACUCUCUGCGAGUUGGAGCAGUCCUGGAGCAGUCCUGCCUGCUGGUUUCAGUGGUGCUCGGUGUUCACAGAGGCUUGGCAGACCAGACCGUGGGUCAUUCCUAGAGCAGUCGAUGCUCUGGAAGAUGAGGUGUGUACAGGCUCCUCAUUCCACCCCUACCUCCCCAAGCUGAAGAAUCGGGGACUCAGUGUUAGAUUCCUUCUCCGUUGGUUGGCAAAAAUGAGACCUCUUAAGAGAUGUUCAUGUCUUGCCCAUACUUGGGGCUUUGAAAUCACCCCCUAAGGCUUUAAAAGGAGGACGAUUGGAAGGGGACCGGAAGAAGAACUUGGGUUAUGAAGUCCAGUGCUGGGUGCCGAACUUUAGAGUCGGAAAAUGAAUGGACAAGAAGAUAAGCCACCGUGUCUGAAAUUGGCCGGGGAGGCUUCCGGGCGGGCGAGCCCCUUGAGCUAUGGUAGCGAAGGCAAGAGCCCUCUGCCAGCCCAUGCCCCUUUUUCAUGAGCCAUCGCCUUCAGCCAGGCCUGUGAAGUCACCCGGAGCCCAAGGCAGAUCAGAUGAGCUGAAUCAAUGACUGGUUUUCCUCCAAAAUCUUUCGGUUUGAACCAAAUUCUUAUGAAUUCUUAUUUGAACCACAAUUCUUAUGCUUUCCGGCAAUGCCCAAACCUUCACCAGUGAAACAUUUCCAGCCUCUCCAAGGCUAAAGCUUCUGGGCACGGAAUGGGUCCCUGGUGGUAUUCGGCCAUAUGUUCAUCCUGGGCAAAGACUGAUCGAUCACUGUAGUCUCCCCGCUCACGUGAGGAUUUGAGCACCAGGCAGUGGGAGCUUCAAGCCUCUGGGGGUCCUAUUAGACCCAUCCGCUUGCUUUCUGGUUCCUCUGUUCUAAAUCAGAAGACGAGGACUGGGCUGGCCCAGUUCUGGCUCAGAAUGAAACAAGUGGCAAAUGCAUCAGCUCAUUUUGUUUGCUACGCUGCAGAAUUGGAGUGGGGUGAGGCGGUGACUGGACGGGCCUUCCCCUUGCCUUAUAUGGGCCCAAACAAGCAGGGAAAUGGGGCCUGGGAUCCUGGAGGGGAUUUGGGCCAGAGCAUCAAGACUGGGAGAGGGACACAGAGGAUAUUAGCCCUACAUCCCUCAUGUGAACCAUGUCAGAUAGAUGGGGACGAAAUGACUCUGCCAUCAAAAAUCGAUGAUUUGGUGGCCCAUUUCCAAUAGCUUGCCAGUCUCUGUAUAGUGGACUGGGAUCAUUUGGGACAACAUUUUUGAUAACAGGUCCCCCACAGUGACUAAGGCCACAGAGACUUAACCUCCCUCGACCCCUCAGUGAUCAGCGCUCCAAAGGCAAGAUCAAGGUCCCAAAUCCGGGGGAGCUGUAGGAAAGGGGGAAGCACAGGCUGCUAAUGCAUCAGAAAAGGUCCUGCCUGUUCUAGUGUCAGUCAGGGUCUGAGAUUUCACCACAACGAAAUUCACUUUUUAGAACAGUCUGUGAGCCUGUGACAUACUGACGUACAUUCACACUCCCUGGCGAAAUGUAACAAUUCUAAGAACAAUACCUUGUGUGGAAAUAGCACCUUUCUUAAGUAGCUCAGUUCACUGUGUACACGAUCUCACGCACACACUCUCCUCUUUAAAACCGCUAGGGGAUCCGCUGAUUCUCCCUGGCUUAACUGAUGGGGAAACUGAUGUGAAGAGAGACUCAGUGACUUGCCCCAGGUCACGGAGCAAGAACAAGCAGCAGAACUGGGUAGAGGGAUCCUUUCUUGGCGAAGCCUCAGCAUAGAAAAGGGCUCUUCCCCUCCAUUUUUCGCUUCUGUGUCGAGCUUGGAUUGUGUGCAUAGUCAGUUGCUGCCAGAAAACCCUCCGCUUCAUGUCAUCCUUCACCCCAGCUGGAGCUUUAUGGCAGACUCUUUGGGAACAGAUCGAUUCGGGAGUUUAUCCAUUCUACAAAAAAAGCUGAAAGAGAAAAAUCAGCCAAAUGGGAACAGCAGCACUAGGACUAUGGCUAGUAUCUGAAACCACACCACUUCAGGGAGCCAAUAGCGAACUGGGACGUUGACCAGAGCUGUAAAGGGGCAGGCUUGGUUGGUGCCUGACUUUUGGUCACCCGUGGCAAGAGAGCAGAGGUCCUGCAGAGGGCCAAAUGCUGGGGGCAUCGCCGAGAAAGAAGGGCCCAGUCAGUACUUUGGAUCUUGAAAGUGAAAGUGAGUGGCAGCCCUACUGCCAAGCUCCCACCCCCUUUCUCACACAUGCUGUCUUUCUACAGAGGGCCCUUCCCUGCUACCAAUGAGGAAUUGGCACCCUCCCUAACCCUCCCACCCUCUGGCAGUAUCAUAAGAAUAAUAAGGAAGAUGAGAAGAGUGAGUUCUGUUAAGCGCUUACUAUGUGGCAAGCACUGUACUGAGCACUGGGGUAGCUGUAAGACUGCCUCCAAAGGCAAGCGUCUCCGCAGGUAGACAGUAUAGCGUUUCCCCUGUCCACAGGCCUCUCACUACAGCUCUUGGUUAAGUGCUCUCAGCAAACCCGACCAAAACUGUAAUUUCCCUUCCCUGUCCCCAGUGAGCGCAGGAGGCCUACCGAGGAAAAAAAAAUAAAUAUAAGCAUGGACCCGAUAUUGAACUUUAUGUAUCAAUUACUGCCUUUGGGUGGUAGGCAUGGGAUUAGUUGGUAAUUUUCACCACAAAGAGCUAAGAAAUCAGGAAUGCUCAGAGAAGACUUAAGUUUCUGUUCUCUCACGAGACAGCAGGCGUCUCCAGCGGCAGUGCCCUCUAUUUCAGCAGCCACAGUCGUUCCCAGGGAGUCACUGAAAUGACCAGGUGCAUAGUCUGAUGAUACUCCAGGGCCCUGUCCCCUGCAAGUUGUGUCAGCCGGGGCUGCUAUAACCCCCUCCAUUCCCUUCAUUGUAAAUACUUGUACAGUGUGUAAAUCUUACGUGGUAACAAGAACGAAUCUGAAUAACAGCAACUAGUGUUGGGGAUUUCAUCUCACACACCAGCACACCUGCCAACUCUUGCUUUUGUGUUCCAAAACAAAGGAAAAAACAAUCUGAUAAAAUGCCUUGUGUUUGUGGCUGGCUAAUUUAGACCGUGGGAUUUAAACAAACAUCUCUUCUGAAGUGUAGCAGUCUGUAGAGUUGUUGUGGAUUUCCUAUCCCCUUUUGCCUGGCAGCUUCCAUGUAUUUUUUUUUGGUUGUUUAAUAUUUCUUUAUUUUUGGAGGGGGAGGGGUAUUGUAUAAAGUCCAACAAACAAGUUUACAGUUGUAAGUGCAAUGAUCUAAAUCCUAUAUAUGAACAUUGUAAAUUGUGUGUAUGUCCUGCUGUGCUCUGUGAGAACUUGUAGUAUUUCAAUGUACCAACUCAUGUAUUGUGACUCAGUAUGAGAAGUUGCCCCUACAAGGUAUUUCUGUGAUAACAGAAUAAAAGGACUUGAUAUAAGGUA